AUGGGCUACGCGCCGCGCCUGCGUGGCCUGUACCGGGACACGGUGUUGCCUGCCUUGAUCGAGGAGUUCAACUACGACAGCGUCAUGCAGGUACCCAGGCUCACCAAGAUCCUGCUCAGCAUGGGGGUAGGACUGGCGCCGACCAACCGUCAGCUUCUGGAUACUGCGGUCAGCGAACUGACGUUGAUCGCCGGUCAGCGGGCGGUGACCACGCGGGCGCGCCGCUCGAUCGCCGCCUUCAAGAUCCGCGCCGGCAUGGAGAUCGGCGCGAUGGUGACGCUGCGCGGCGACCACAUGUUGGAGUUCUUCGACGCUUCGUGA